CAACACCCACCAUCAACACCACCACCACCACCACCACCACCACCACCAACACCACCACCAUCAACACCACCACCAUCAACACCACCACCAUCAACACCACCACCAUCAACACCACCAUCAACACCACACCGACCACCACCACCACCACCACCACCACCACCACCAUCAACACCACCACCAUCAACACCAUCAACACCACACCAACCACCACCACCAUCAACACCACCACCAUCAACACCACCACCAUCAACACCACCACCAUCAACACCACCACCAUCAACACCACCACCACCAACACCACCACCACCACCAACACCACCACCAUCAACACCACCACCAUCCCCACACCAACCUCAUUAUGAGUAUGGUCUGCAGAGGAGCUAUAAUGUGCUGCCCUUUUGUCCACACAGGCGCCUGAGUCAGAGACCUUCGGCCGAGGAGCUGGAACAGAGGAACAUCCUCCCAGCCAAGAACGAAUCGGAUCGUCGGAUGGAAAGGUCCGAGAUCAAACGGCGGCUCACCAGAAAGCUGUCCCAACGGCCCACGGUGGCGGAGCUGCAGGCCAGGAAGAUCCUGCGCUUCCAUGAGUACGUGGAGUGCACUCACGCCCACGACUACGACCGCCGCGCUGACAAGCCCUGGACCAAGCUCACCCCCGCCGACAAGGCCGCCAUCCGCAAGGAGCUGAACGAGUUCAAGAGCUCAGAGAUGGAGGUGCACGAGCAGAGCCGCAUCUACACCCGGUUUCACAGACCAUAACCGUCCACCUCCACCGAAUUGGUUGCGGGGGAGGGGGAGGGGGGGGAGGGGGAUGAGAAGGUGGGGGAUGAUGGAAGAAAAUAAUGUGCCGCUGUAGCCGACAGAAAGAUUGGCUCCCCCCCCCCCGUCGUUCUUAACCCUGCCCCGUGCACAGCCCUUUCCUCGACGCAACACUCCCCAACAAAACUAUGUACCUAAGACCAAAAAGCCCGCUGGGUCCCCAACUGCUGACGGGUACCUUUGAGGGCUCCCCAAAGGCUCUAGGUGAAGAGCCACUACUGAUGCUGCCCCCGGACCAGCUCCUCUGGAAGCAGAGGACCCUUUGGGCUCUCCCCAUCCCUGGUGGACCCCACUGGGUCUGGGCGUCGGGCCGAAGUGAGGCCGCAGGGGACGCGACACACAGAUAAAAUGGGUUUCGGGCCCGGCCCCUUACAAGAUGUUACCCCCAAGUGCCACCGGAGAGAUAAGUGCCCGCUGUGGUCCCGGGGCGCACCCCCACCCCCCCCACCCCCUGGAGCGGGGGGGGCGCUGGUCGGUAGAGUAGCGAGAGUGAAACACUAGAGCAGAUUCCGAGUCUGGCCCGCGGCGGGCGUGCCGCGAGAUCCUCCCCUCGGUGCGACGUUUCUUAAUCGGCCGUCUCUCCCGCAAUCACUGUACUUACUCUCAAAGGAGAGCCAAUCGGACGAGGCCUUUCCCAGUACUUUACACUGUGUACGAUGCGUUGUUUUAAAUAGACACUUUUAAACCCCAGAUCAGGAAAUCCGUUGGCAGAAACGGAUGGUGGUAGUUUAUUCAUUUUUUUAAUUGGCACGUGCGGUACUUAGUCGAACUAAUUAAAAAACGUAGGAGUCGGACCAGGUGCGUUUAUGUUUUCGCUGUCGUAUCCGAUGGCGGUGGGGUGCCAACUGGCGCCAGCCUUAACUCUGGGCGUGAGUCAAUGUUUUUAACGUACAAGAGGUCCAGACAAAAUGUGAACUGAUUAGCUACAGAGCCAGUGAGUUUUGCAUAUGAAACCCUGUUGUGGCUCUUAUUUUGAAAUUUAUUUUUAAUCAACGGUUCUAUUCUGUGAAGAAAGCAGCAAUGUUGAUUUUGCACCUCAUCCUAAUGUGUGCAUUUUACUGUUUUUUUUGUUGCUAAAAAUGCAUUUUUUUGGGUGGGCGGGUUUGGGGUGCAGCACAUAUGUCUAGGUGUAGCUGUCAUAGGGCACUUGAUUUCCUGUAAAGGAAGUAUAGAACUUUUACAAUUUUCAGGUUUGGAACAUAACUCUCGAAAAAGCAACUAAACAUUGUCAUAUAAUUCUAUAUUUCUAAUUUAAUAAUUGUUUGCGUAAAAUGCACAUUUGUAUAAUGACAACAAUGUUUUAAGGUACUUUGUAUAUUAAGGCCAAUAGUUGGCUGCAAUUGUGUUGAUUUAUCAUGUAGAGCUUAGCAACCUUUAUUGUAUGUCAAUUUGGCAAACUGUCUGAAAGUGUUUCACAAUGCUGUUAACUACGUAGACUGACUACACUGACCACAGAGAUUAUUUUGAAUAUGCAAUUUUUUUUCUCCUUUUUACACUAUGCAGAGAUCUUUUAAACAUUGAAUUAUAAUUUGCAGCCCACUGUAUAAAUUAAUAUUUCUCACAAAUUAAACAAAAAAGGUUUUUUGAUCUUGACCUGAACGCGGGAUUCUCAUUAUUACCUCUUGUUAUUAUUCAUAAUAAGGGUUGGAUAAUAAAACCAUACUAAUAUCUAA